GUGUUUCAUUACGUCGAUUGAGAGGAAACGUGGUGAUACUUUUUACCGUGCAGAAUUGCGUUAAAUUUUGGCCGAUUUUGAGUUUUUGAGCUGCCGAAAUGAAGCCGCUGAUGCUUCACGGGCACGAGCGUGCCAUCACGCAGAUCAAAUACAACCGCGAGGGCGACCUGCUCUUUUCCUCGGCCAAGGAUCACACGCCGAACGUUUGGUACUCUCUGAAUGGCGAGCGUCUGGGCACCUUCAAGGGACACAACGGUGCCGUCUGGACGGUGGACGUUGACUGGCAGACGCACCACUUCAUGUCCGGCGCCGCCGACAGCACGCUGCGUCUAUGGGAUUGUUCAACCGGCCAGGAAAUCGGACAAAUCGUGACCAAGUCGGCGGUGAGGACUUGCGCCUUCAGCUACAGCGGAAACAUGGCUGUCUACUCGACGGACAAGGCGAUGAGGCAGGAGUGCGAGAUUGUCGUGGUCGACGUUCGAAAUGUGGACGAGUCCAUCAAGGAAGCUGACCCCAUCAUUCGCAUCCCUGUUCUGGACACGAAGGUCACUUCAAUUCUUUGGGGCGCACUGGACGAGACCAUCAUUACUGGACACGACGACGGCACUGUUAAACUGUGGGACUUCCAGACUGGAAAGGAAAUCAAUAGGGUCAGGGAGCACACCAAGGCUGUCAAUGACAUGCAGAUGAACAAAGACUGUGGCAUGUUCAUUACGGCCUCCAAGGACAACACAUCCCGACUUUUCGAUGCAAAUGAACUAAUUCCCUUGAAAGUCUACAAAACUGAAAGACCUGUUAACAGCGCUGCUAUCUCUCCGAUUAUGGAUCAUGUUGUUCUCGGUGGUGGUCAGGAAGCCAUGGAUGUCACAACGACCUCGACAAGAAUUGGCAAGUUCGACUCUAGAUUUUUCCAUCUGGUAUUUGAAGAGGAAUUUGGGCGUGUCAAAGGCCACUUCGGUCCGAUCAACUCGGUAGCCUUCCACCCGGACGGAAAGAGCUACAGCAGUGGCGGAGAGGACGGCUACGUUCGAGUGCACACCUUCGACCAGUCGUACUACGAGUUCAACUUCGACUACUAGUUUAGUGCAAUGAGUUGACUCUGGACAUAAACUUGCCGGCGAUAAUGGACUUGCGAAUUCUCGGAUUAGUGAUCAUGGAUAAGGAAUAAAUGGAAACAAACACAAACAAGAAAAUUUUGGCUUUUAAAUUUGUCUCCAAGCUAAAAAUUUAAGGAAACUA